AUGGAGGCUUACAAAAGAUGGGUUAGGAGGAAUAGGGACUACGUGCACUCACUUGAGUCUCUAGCUAAUGGAUUGACGUGGCUUCUCCCUGAACGAUUUUCUGAAUCGGAAAUUGGACCAGAAGCAGUAACAUCAGUUUUGGGUAUAAUCACUUCUGUCAAUGAUCAUAUAAUUGAGACGACACCAACCCAGAUGCACAUGGGGCAUGUGCAGCCUUCCUCCUUCCCGUUGUCAUUGUUCAUAACUUUGCUCAAAGACUUGGAAACAAUGGUUGAAGUUGCAGCACAGCAAUUCUAUGGUGAUGAUAAGAAAUGGAAUUUUAUUGCUAUAACAGAAGCUACCAAGGUAUUACUUAGGUUAGCAUUGUUUAGGAACAGUGGAUAUAAAAUGCUCUUGCAUGGUGGGGAGAAUACAAAUGACGGGCAGGAUUCUGAUGUGUCAGAUUCACAGCAUAGAAAUGGGCUCUUACCAAAGCCUUGGCAACAUCAGGUUCCUGGUAAUAUAAAGAAUUAUCAUGGACAGAAUCCAUCGAAUCUGGAAGGAAGGGCAUUAUCUGCCUUAAAUAGGUUUGGUCAAAGUGCUAGGACAGUUUCUGAGCCAACAUGGUUAUAUAGAGUUCAGCGUCAGCAGGCAAUAAUGGACCCUCCAACAAUAGUGGCCGAGAAACCUAGUCUUUCCUCUUUCUUGUCUGAGAAGGGCGUUCCUGGGGGCUUAUUUUUGAUGGGAGAAAUGAUGUUUGUCUUAAGACCACUCAUUUACGUAUUACUAAUAAAAAAGUAUGGGACUCGAUCAUGGUUUCCUUGGCUUACUUCGUUGACUGUGGACCUUAUUUCCAAUGGCAUUAUUUCAUACAUCACAAUUUUGAGGCAAAAUAGCAACGAGUUUCGUCUUUCCAACCUCGAGAAGCACGAGUUAAAAAGGCGAAAGCUCUUGUGGGCACUUUACCUUAUGAGAGAUCCAUUUUUUUCCAAGUAUACCAGGUUGAGACUCGAUAGUACUCAAAAGGUACUGGAACCGGUUCCCAUUGUCGGGCUUCUUACUGAGAAACUCGUUGAACUUAUUAUUGGAGCCCAGACCCGUUACACUUACAUGUCCGGUUCAUGA